AUGGAAACUGCCUGUAUAUCAUCUCAAAUGCUAUCCCGUCAUGAACCUGAACUUGAUCAGCCCUCUGCGGGAAAACCCAGGGACGACAAGCAGCCUCCGCCACCGUCACCCAAUGGCUCCGCAGUGCUAGAGGCCCGGUCAUCGGCUGACUGCAGACGUUUAGGCGUGAAGAAACACCACCACAAACAUAACCUGAAGCACCGCUACGAGUUACUGGAAACGCUUGGAAGAGGGACUUACGGCAAAGUUAAGAAAGCUAUUGAAAGACAUUCUGGAAGAGAGGUUGCCAUCAAAUCGAUCAGGAAGGAGAAGAUCAAGGAUGAACAGGACAUGGUCCACAUCCGCCGAGAGAUUGAGAUUAUGUCCUCUCUUCGCCAUCCGCAUAUCAUCUCAGUCUAUGAAGUGUUCGAGAAUAAGGACAAGAUUGUGAUUGUAAUGGAAUAUGCCAGCAAGGGUGAACUGUAUGACUACAUCAGUGAACGCAGGCGUCUGAGCGAGAGAGAAACACGACACUUUUUCCGACAGAUUGUCUCUGCUGUUCAUUACUGCCAUAAGAAUGGUGUGGUGCACAGGGAUCUGAAACUGGAAAAUGUACUACUGGAUGAAAACUGUAACAUUAAGAUUGCUGACUUUGGGUUGUCCAACCUGUAUCACAAGGACAAGCUCUUGCAGACAUUCUGUGGAAGCCCACUGUAUGCAUCACCAGAAAUCGUCAAUGGGAAACCUUACCAUGGCCCAGAGGUGGAUAGCUGGGCACUAGGUGUGUUGCUGUACACCCUAGUUUAUGGGACCAUGCCGUUUGAUGGGGGAGAUCACAAAAUCCUCAUCUGGCAAAUCAGCAACGGGGAGUACAAAGAGCCCACCCAGUCCUCAGAUGCCCGUGGUCUGAUCCGCUGGAUGUUGAUGGUGAACCCUGAGAGAAGGGCCACUUUGGAGGACAUUGCCAAUCAUUGGUGGGUAAAUUGGGGCUGGAAGAAUAGUGUAUGUGAUUGUGAAGCCCAGCAUGAUGCCAACUCCCCAAUGCUGGCACGCCUAAUUGAUUGGCAGAACCGCGCAGAGUCACGCCCAGCCAAAGCCACUCGGUCUGAACCACUCCUGCUAGUGCGCCAGCGCCCAAAGAAGUCCAAGAAGGAGAAUAAUGAAGGAGUAUCCAACUGUGGUGAGGAAGACAACCUGGGCCUGAAAAGACCUAAGGGCAUCCUGAAGACAAGACUCUCAGAGGAGCAACACUCACCCAGUCUGGAAGAGAUUGAGUUGGGGCCUGUCACUGGGGACUCAGUGCUGGAACCUCUGACUAGUGCAGGACAAGAGGAAGAAGAAGAGAUUGCUCUCCCAGAGGGUUCUCAUGCUAAGAAGGUGCCCAUUCUGCCAGUGAAAGGCAUCCUGAAGAACAAUCAACAACGAGAAUCAGGGUACUAUUCCUCUCCAGAGCGCAGUGAGUCCACUGAGUUGCUAGGUGGCAUUGUUACACCUCUCAUUGCAAGUUCACCUCCAAAAAGAGUUAUUGGAAGAAAGGGCAUCUUGAAACGUAAUGGUAAAUACUCCACCCAUAGCAAUAUGCCCUUAAUGGGAGUCCUGGGGGAACCUUUAUCAAAUGAUUCCGGCCUGUCCCGCAGCCAGAGUCGCCCAUCCAGUAUUAUUGGUGAUGACAGCUGUGUCCUCACCAAUGGCUCUUUCAGUGAUGCAGACUGGCCUCCUACAGCUUCUCGAUCCAACAUCCGAGGGUGUGUGUCUGCAGAGAACCUGCUUGCCAACUUCAAAGGUCUUCAGACAGCCCCUCAGUUCCAUGGAGGCAAGUUCAGCCGUGGAACUCAUGGCUCCCCAGGGGACAACAGCAGCUUUUCCCUGUUGGGUGAUCUGGAUGACAUGACUCAGGUGUACCAACAAGCUCUUGACAUCAGCACCAAUCUAUCCUAG